AGGUCUGUAAUCUGACUGUGGCCAUCGGCAGCCAGAAAUGAGUUUCUUUCUAAUCAGCCUUCCAUCAGUCCCCAGUCACUCAUAUAAAGGAGCCUCGGGAGGGGAAGAUUCACAUUGCAUUUUCUUCAGCACCAGGGCUCUGGGCAGCGUCCUGAGAGGUCCACUGGUCGCACGCCACUUCUCGCAAUCUCCACCAGCGCUGCUACUGCCCCUCUAGUCCCCCCUGCUGCAGAGAGAGAAAAUUACAUCGGAAUCCAUGCAGCCGGCAAUGAUGAUGUUUUCUAGUAAAUACUGGGCAAGGAGAGGGCUUUCUCUGGAUUCAGCAGUGCCCGAAGAGCAUCAGCUGCUUGGCAGCUUAACUGUUUCUACCUUCUUGAAGCUAAAUAAAACUAACGCUGGCAAAAAUGAUGAUAAAAAAGGCAACAAGGGAAGCAGCAAAAGUGACAGUGCUACCGAGAGCAGCAAGAUGGCAGUUGUAUUCUCCUUGAAAAAUGAAGUUGGUGGAUUGGUCAAAGCACUGAAACUCUUUCAGGAAAAACAUGUCAACAUGGUUCAUAUUGAGUCCAGGAAAUCCCGGCGAAGAAGUUCGGAAGUUGAAAUCUUUGUGGACUGUGAGUGUGGCAAAACGGAAUUCAAUGAGCUCAUUCAGUCACUGAAAUUUCAAACCACAAUUGUGACGCUGAAUCCGCCAGAGAACGUUUGGACAGAGGAAGAAGGCAAGGCCAAGCUAGAGGAUGUGCCCUGGUUUCCCCGGAAGAUCUCUGAGUUAGACAAAUGUUCUCACAGAGUUCUCAUGUAUGGUUCUGAGCUGGAUGCCGAUCACCCAGGAUUUAAAGACAAUGUCUAUCGACAGAGAAGGAAGUAUUUUGUGGAUGUAGCCAUGGGUUAUAAAUAUGGUCAGCCCAUCCCCAGAGUGGAGUACACGGAGGAAGAAACUAAAACUUGGGGCGUUGUGUUCCGAGAGCUCUCCAAACUCUAUCCUACUCAUGCUUGCCGGGAGUAUCUGAAAAACUUCCCUCUGCUGACGAAAUACUGUGGCUACAGGGAGGACAACGUGCCCCAACUUGAAGACGUCUCGGUUUUUCUGAAAGAAAGGUCUGGCUUCACGGUGAGACCAGUGGCUGGAUACCUGAGUCCUCGAGACUUUCUGGCAGGACUGGCCUACAGAGUGUUCCACUGUACUCAGUACAUCCGCCAUGGCUCAGACCCCCUCUACACCCCGGAACCAGACACAUGUCACGAACUCCUGGGACAUGUCCCUCUACUUGCGGAUCCUAAGUUUGCUCAGUUUUCACAAGAAAUAGGCCUGGCAUCUCUGGGAGCAUCAGAUGAAGACGUUCAGAAACUAGCCACAUGCUAUUUCUUCACUAUUGAGUUUGGCCUUUGCAAGCAAGAAGGGCAGCUGCGGGCAUAUGGAGCUGGACUGCUUUCCUCCAUUGGAGAAUUAAAGCAUGCUCUUUCUGACAAGGCAUGUGUGAAAGCCUUUGACCCAAAGACAACUUGCUUACAGGAAUGCCUUAUCACCACCUUCCAGGAAGCCUACUUUGUUUCAGAAAGUUUUGAAGAAGCCAAAGAAAAGAUGAGAGACUUUGCAAAGUCAAUUACCCGUCCCUUCUCAGUCUACUUCAAUCCCUACACACAGAGUAUUGAAAUUCUGAAAGACACCAGGAGCAUUGAAAACGUGGUGCAGGACCUCCGCAGCGAUUUGAACACCGUGUGUGAUGCCUUGAACAAAAUGAACCAAUAUCUGGGAAUCUGAUGUCUGGGACCUGUGUCAUUGCCAGCCUGAUCUUUUUGGGGCUUAGCAGCAAUUCAGUCAAUGUCCUAUAACACCAAUAGCUUUCUGUGUCAUGGCUUGGCUAGUAGUAAGCCUGCAAUUCUGUAUAUUUCUACCUACUUGCAACUUACUGUGAUAAUGUAUGAAACACCAUAAAGAACCUGAUGACAGAUAACCACUCAUUGUAUGAAAGAUCGUAAUACAUUUAAAUGUCUUAAAUAGAUUUGACAUUCCAGCUUAGUGUCCUUAACCAAACUGCAGCUAUUGAAAAUUGGUAACAAAUAGCCCUCUUAUGAUUCUAGCUC